UUUGCAACGGUGUGUUGUUUGUGUUUCCGCAGCAUUGCCUCUCGCACUUGAGGUAGUCCCAACUAGCUUGUUGAGUUCAGGCCCUUCAUAUUCUGAGCGAUGGCCCUUCGCUUUUGCCUUGUCCUUGCACUCUUCGGCAGUGUGGAUGCCAGCCUGCGCGGAAAGCUCCAUGCGGCGGCAGGCACCAUGAGCGCCGAGCAACUUCGGGAAACCGUGAUGCAAGAAGUCAUGGCCGCCCUUGGGAGUGGCAACCGAGUCACUGAGCAGCGUCUCAAGGUCAUCGAGGAUGCUGUUCGUCCCAGCUUCGAAGCCAUGCCCAAGAACGAGUUCGGCAACUUGGAAGAUGCGGCUGCCAGGUAUGUGCUUCAUCGGCUCUUUGUGCAGCGGCAUGCCAUGUACAUCAAGGGUCUGGAGGCCAGCGGAAUGGACUGGAAGAACAUGUCGACUUCAGAAGUGCUUCAAGACCACGUUCCCUCCUUUGUGCUGUCCUUGUUUGAAGACCGUCUCAAGGGUCAAGGGCUUGGGUUGCACGAGCUUACCGUCCUUGCAGCCACCCUUGAGCAUCUGAUCCAUGACGAGGCAGUCGCCAGACUCUCCGUCGUGUACCAGGCACACAAUGUCUCCCAGGAGGAUCGGGUGGAUGAGAGAGUGAUGCAAGAGCUGAUCGACACCUACAUGACCAUCUUUUUGGUUGGCAGGCAGAACAUCACUGCCUCCUCCGUUGCUGAUGAGCGAGCGGCGGUGGUGGAGUCUUACCCUGGCUGGCAUGACACUCAGAAGUUCACCAUGCAAGUGCGAUCCAGCGUGGUUGCUGCGCAGGCAGCCGAUGCUGACUUUUCCCCGGGCAAUUUGAGCUUCCGAGCAGCAACAGCAGUUGUUGAGGAGAUCGGGGAGCGCUAUGGCCGCUGGCAAGAUUCCGAGUGCCGAGAUCUCAAGAGUUUGCUGACCAAGCUUGAGCAUGCAGGCACAGGCAGGGUGCUCUUGAAGGACUUCUAUGGGUCCGCCUUGAACGGGAAUUGGCAGUUUUCUGAGAGCGUGAACUACCUGAGAGAGCUCGGUGCCCUGGACGAGUCUGACCCUGCCAAUCCAGCAGUUCUGAUCCCCAACUAUGUGAACUCGCAGUCGAACUGUGUGGCCUCCAGCAGUGUCUACUCAGUUUGCUGCAUCAACGAGUGCGAAGCCCUGCUGGGCCACCUGGAAGGGCGCGUGGCUGCUCCUGAGGCAAGCCCUGAGCAGAUUGUGUCUCUGGUGUCUGAGCUGCCGUCUGCCACGGUGCCGGCUCCCAGAACGCUGCCAGACAGCCUGAAGAGCCGCAUCAAUGAGGUGGCAAGCCACCACGGUGGCAAGGUGCCGUUGCACGGGCGUUUGUUCGCCCAGUGGCUGCACCAUGCUUACCCAAGGGAAUGCCCUUUCCCGCACGUUGCGGGCAAAACCAACCCCAUGACUGCGGACGAGUGGAUGCAGGUCCGCGGCCAGAGCGUGUCAGCUACCAAGAACGAGAUGGAGCGCAUUGUGGAGAAGUCGACUGCCGUGGCCACAUCCAAAUUUGAGAUGACCUGGACGGCCGACGAGGAGCUUUUGGCAAGCUCCAAGAAGCCAGCUUCUGGCGGCGUGUCCUUCCUGCGCUAUGUGGGCUUCUUGCUGGCAGCCUUUUCUGCUGUCAUGGCCUUUGGAGGUGAUGCCUGGAAGAAGCUUUCGGUGGCCAGGAGGCACAACACCCUCCUGCCCUGCGUCCACAAGCAGCAUGCCUGCUGAGUGCACGCAAAGUGCAGGGCUGGCGUUUUGGCGAGGCCUUUGAGCCAGCUGGAUCCCUUCACCUGUGUCGGAAAGCGGCACAGGGCUUGCGAACCUCUGCGAGUGACGAAGGUCUUCUUGGCUGAGUUGUGUA